CACCACAUCACAUCUGCGUGUUCAUGUUGCUGGUCCAAUAUGCAGUCCAAUACUGCAGCCUUUUUUUGACAGGGAGCGCGCUUACAAAUUUACCCUCCCGCUGCGCUCGCGCCCUGUGUCUUAAAAAAAACGCGUGCACGGCUGAAGGUCACUUAAACACAAAAGGCUUUCAGCGCUGCGGUCCAAUAUAGCGCAUGCGCGCUGCCGGAGGACUGCUUCACAGACCGCAAUAUGGCGAGAAUGCCUGCCAGCGGAGACACGGAGCAGGAGCGUAUGAGCUGCCCCAAGAGGCGCAGGGAGGAGGAGGACGAGGAAGACGAUGAAGAUGAGAUCCAGGAGGUCCAGAUCACCGGGGAGGAAGAGGAUGAGGAGUCCGAUAGAGAUGGCGUGGAGCUGGAGUGGGAGUCAGGGGGCACAGUGCUGGGCUCGAGCGGUACCGCCGCGGAGGUGCGAGCGGUCGUUAUGCAGAAUAUGGACCGGGAAGAGGAGGAGGGAGAGGCGGACCCUCUCAGCGGCAGCGUGCCCGCUGGGCUGGAGUCUCACCUGGAGGGAGACCUUCAGCGGUCUGAUCGGAACAAGCUGAGCGAGAACACCCGCCUUGCCACCCGGUAUGCGGUGAGGAUCUUCAGGGAGUACCUCAGCGAGAAAGCCCAAAGUCCAGACUUUGAAACUCUGGACAAGGAGGCGCUCUGCGCGGUACUGCGCUCCUUUUACGCGGAGGCGCGCUCCAAAAGUGGACAGUUGUACAGCAAGUCGUCCCUCAUCAGCAUCCGGAGCUCCCUGAAUCGGUACCUGAACGAGCCGCCCUACUGCCGCACCUUGGACCUCACCAAGGACCCGGAGCUGCGCAGCGCCAACCUGACCCUGGCCGCGGUCAUACGGAGGCUGGAGGAGCAAGGCGCCGGUCCCGUGGUGCAGAAACAAGCCAUCACGCGCUCGGACCUGCGGAAACUGUACGAGUCGUCUGUGUUCAACACCGAUACUCCGUUCGGGCUGCUCAACAAAGUCUGGUUCGAGACCUGUAUGUAUUUCUGCACCAGGGGCCGGGAGAACCAGCGGGAGCUGGAGGAGGACUCGUUCGGUCUCGCGGUGGAUGAGGACGGGAGAAAGUUUGUCUAUUUUAAAGCUCUCGGACCGUACCACAAGUCCCGCUCCGCCGCCUGGACCAAGAAGCGUCCGGACGCAGACGAGGACACCUUGCCGCGGAUGUACGAGACCGGCUCGGAGCAGUGCCCGUACGCCAGCUUCGUCCGCUAUGUGUCCAAACGGAACCCGCUCUGCAGGGCGUUCUUCCAGCGGGCGCGGGACCACUGCUGCGCGAGCGACGUGACGUGGUACGAGAACAAAGCUAUCGGUAAGAACCUGUUGGGCACGAGGAUGCAGAUGUUGUCGCGCGCUGCCAAGCUCUCCAAGACCUACACCAACCACUGCAUCGGCGCCGUCUCCAUAGCGACGCUCAACAGCAUCGUGGGCGCCUCGGGCUCCAGGCCGACGACGACAACGCUUUACGUUGCCUCGGAAACGGUCAACGGCCACGCGCAGUCCCACCUCCAGCUCGUGAUCCCGUACCUCCGCCGGGCUACCGACGCUGCGGAUCUGAAGCCUGCAGCAACAACAAUAAACACAUCAUCAUCAUCAUCAACAUCAACAACGACAACGACAACGAAUAAAGUCAGUGCCGAGGAGGACCAGGGGGCUCCUCACGCCAAGAGGCUGUGCAUGCGCCCCGGGACACGCACGGAGUCGCCCAUAGAGCGGAACCAGAGCGAGCCGGUGCCUGCGAGAGCCACGGAGUCCUGUAUUCACACCCAGCCCGCGGUGAGGUCCCCGGUCGCUGCGCCCACACAGGACAGCUGUGGCAGCAGCAGCAGUAUGUCCAGUCAGCAGCAGGUCUCUGAAUCUCCCCUGGGCUCUGCCGGCAUCCCCACACCAGCCCAGCUCACCAAAGCCAACGCACCCGUCCACAUCGAUGUAGGAGGACACAUGUACACCAGCAGCCUGGCCACCCUUACCAAGUACCCUGAAUCACGGAUCGGCCGUCUGUUCGAGGGAACGGAGCCCAUUGUGUUGGACAGUCUUAAGCAGCACUACUUCAUUGAUCGAGACGGCCCCAUGUUCCGCUAUAUACUUAACUUCCUCCGGUCCUCAAAACUCCUCAUCCCCGAUGACUUCAAAGAAUACUCCCUGCUGUUCGAAGAGGCCAGUUUCUUCCAGCUGACUCCUCUGCAGGCUGAGCUGGAGCGCUGGAGGACCAAGCAGGAGUGCGGGGGGGUGUCUCUGGAGUGCGAGUGUGUCGUGAUUCAUGUGGCUCCGGAGCUUGGUGAGAGGAUCAGCGUAAGCGCCCACCGGGCCGUGAUCGAGGAUGUUUUUCCUGAGGUCAGAGACUUCAUAUCCAAAUCCUUGAACACCAGCUGGAACCAGGACUCUGCACACAUCAUUCGCUUCCCGCUCAACGGCUACUGCCACCUCAACUCUGUCCAGGUGCUGGAGCGGUUACAGCAGAGAGGGUUCGGGAUCACCGGUUCAUGUGGAGGUGGAGUGGACUCUUCCCAGUUUAGUGAAUACAUUCUACGGAGGGAAAGCCGAGGCAGCCAACACCCCCCGACCCUCAUCCGAAUAAAACAGGAAUUUAAGGACUGAACAAACAGAAGUCCCCAUUUUUGCACACAUAUCAACGCCUGUUUCUCCUACUGACAGCAGAUGCACUUCAGCAAAGUCAACACACUGAGCAGACAUGAGUACACAGAAUCUCUUACGCCAGUGAAUAUACUCUAUAGGUAACUGAGAUGCUAGUCUUUUUUGAUACUAUGCCGCAUAGAUUUUCACACAGUAGCAUCAUAACAUUAAAAACAUGGAUCCGUUGGUGCAGGGAUUUGCAGGGGAUCAUGGGAAUCGGAUCCUAAAUUUGAGGUACACUAGCAUUAACAUUUCUGUUGAUAUGAAAUGGAGGCUGGAACUUUGGGAUUUGCAGUGUUGAUAGUCUAUUUAUCACGAUACAUAUAAUUUUAUAUUGCGUUAUAGUCCUGGAAAUUCACUUGAGAAACCAUUGAUAGAUAACAAACAGAUGCUAAUGUCUGUUUUUGGCUAAUCCAUUGAAUUAAAUACCUGAAAAACAAAAGGUACUGCAUCACAUUGAUGCAAAAAUGCUGUAAAUCGAUAUGCCAUAGAACAGUCCUGCUCUGUGAUUUCCAACAUUGACCAAAUCGUCAUAAUACCCCCAGUGAUAUUAAAGGGAGAACUAUCAAAUAUCUCUUCAUCAUCAUAUUGUCCAACCCAGUGGCGGGCGGUGUAUUUUAUACCUGGGCCUUCAGUGCUGUCCUACUACAGUUGAACCAUGACGGGAUGCUUCGUCAUUAACGG